AUGGACUCCAUAUACUGCGGCGGUCUGGAGAGCUGCAACAAGCUCUGGUGGCUGCUCGUUCACUUCGCUGCGACCUGGGGGCCCCAAUUCGAGGGCGAGAUGGACCGCUUCCACACCACGGAUGAUGGCUACUACAAGGACCGCCGCAAUGCCAUGCAUUUGAAGUUCCACGAUGAAGCGGAGGCGGUGCUCCCAGGGUCAUCUCGCUGGGGCGUAUUCACACCGGCCGCGGUCGUGCGUCUUUUGGCACCAGCCUGGUGGCGCAGAGUCUGCUUCAGCCAGGACGUGUCGCACCGCUUUUUGGAGUGUUGGCUGUACACGCAAUUUCCACUCCGAGGCCAGAUGUUCGAGGACGUCGUGGAGAUUCUGCACUGCUUUUGCGAGAUGGUCCAUUGCUCUGACUACGUUGCCGCGGUGCCUGGUGAGAUCCGGACGUUCCAAGACCUGAUGGAUGCCCGAGCGUCCAUGGUGAGGCGCCUGCGGCAGCUGAAGCAAGAGCAAUGGGAGCUUCGAC